GUGUUAAACCCACAUUUCUAUGGUUUAAACUAAAUCAAACGUUGUGGUGUGUGUCAUCAACUGUUUUUGAAUAGUUUGCGAUUGUACCUAAUUUACGACGAGUGUUAUUGUUGCGACCUAGCCAACUUGUUUUUCUCAGACAGCUGACGAUUGUAGGGACUAGGGAGGGACACUUUCCCAGGAUUUUCAGUAAUGGUUUCAUUGAUAAUCACGACGAAGAAGAAGCCCUAGCAAAUAUUUUAACUAUGUACCAAUGUGUCAGGAUUCAAUUUCAAGAACUAACUUGCUCGCCCCUUGUACUCUUUCCUGUUUUUAUUAUGGAACAAAAAACUGUCCUCAGUCUUUUUGUAUUCUUUCGCCCUAAAUCGGCGACGCGGACAGACAUGAGGGAUUCUUGAGUUGUCCCCGAAAAUACUUUGCUCACUUAGUGAAUAUCAAAGAAAAAGUAUGUUUCUAUGAUACCUAUAUCCUCUCUACUAUUUAACCAUAUAACAUUUCCCCCAACGUUUGUUUUAACUUCUUCCCAAUCCAGCUCACCUUCAACCAUACAUGCAAGCUGAUGUUUCAUGUGGUUAAUAUAGGCCUAUAUUUAAUGUGUGUGGAGAGAGGGCAAACGGUUGGAAACGUUAAAUUUAGAGACAGCUGUUCUAGUGAACAGGGAAGGGAGGGUGCAUACAGGGACUGGGUUGGCAUACAGUCAGGGAAGUUUUGACAAUGACAGACUACAGGUUGUCUCCUCACUCUGUCUCUGUAUAUUGUCAUUGAUAAAUAUUCCAUACAGACGGUUCUUUUUCAGGGUAUGGUCCAAAGAAGGGAGCUGAGGAAAGCCUGAAACAAACCAAAUACUGUGAAGGCGCCCACCAUUUCUCCGCCCAUAGCUCAGAGAGGAAGAGAAACCAAGGGAUUGAGACCGAAGCAGUUCAAUGGAUGAAAACGUUGCAUGGACUGUAGAUUGAAAGAGGAAGAACUUCAUCCUCUCAGAUUUUUGCUUUUGAUCACUGCUUGUACAACCUUUCAGGCCCCUCUGCCUGUUAUUUUGUUUCUUGUAAGAGGUGCGUGAUAACUUGACGCAGAGAUGACAGUGAGACUGUGGGAUAAGCAAGAGUGGUAACUGAGAAGAGCAGUGACGUGAAUCCUUACAUCCGUAUGCUACCCACUGGAAUAUCUUAAGUAUUAGCUAAUCAAGCAACAACAAUCCAUCUACCUUGGACACAGACUAACAACUGAGCACUUUCAGACGCUCAUGGAUGUAGUGACUGACUGCCAGAACGCAAUUUGACGAGGAUAGUCUCUUUGCCCAUGUGUAGAGUUUAACGUGUCAGAAGUCCUUCACCAGUCUGUCAUUGCAGCCCAACUUUAAGGGGGAAAAACACUUUACCGGACUGAUGGAAAGAGAACUUAGGUAAACCUGUGAUGAGUCGGAAUGUGGUGCUGCAAAUAACUGGGAAUCCCCUACUGGAGAUAGUGGGAGGAACUGGAACUGAGGUGGAACCAGAACCAACCGAGGCCUAAGCACGACAACUGAAUGCCAUGUACUAAACUGGAAAUAAGCUUGAUUUAACUGGUAAUAUUGCACUUGCGAGGUAACAGGAAUAGUUUGUAAUAUUGAAUAAUAAUUCUGGACUGGAACUGAUCUGGGAAAUCAACUGGAAAUGAAAUUGCAAUGUAAGUGUUUUGUGGAUGUUUUCUGUACAAAAUCUUCCUCCAUUCUGAACUGGUAGCGUUGGGGGGGGAGACUGUUUCAUCCUGGGAUUUGGGAAGACUGGAAUCUGUUCCUGUGGAACUGCAUUUAUUGGGAGAGGAUUACUGAAACCAACAGCACCGUCUGCAGAAAUGGCGGGCCCGGGAAAGGACUACAACCAUCUCUUCAAACUGCUCAUCAUUGGAGACUCCAAUGUAGGGAAGAGCAGUCUACUACUGCGAUUUGCAGAUAACUCCUUCUCUGGUAGCUACAUCACUACGAUCGGCGUGGACUUCAAGAUCCGUACGGUGGACAUCGACGGGGAGCGAGUCAAACUGCAGAUCUGGGACACGGCGGGCCAGGAGCGCUUCAGGACCAUCACCUCAACGUAUUAUAGAAAUACCCACGGUGUGAUUAUUGUUUACGACGUCACCAACCCAGAGUCGUUUGUGAACGUGAAGAGGUGGCUUAAUGAGAUCACUCAGAACUGUGACAACGUCUGUAAGAUCCUAGUGGGGAACAAGAAUGACGACCCCUCCAAGAAGCAGGUGGACUCCCAGGAUGCAAUGCGUUUCGGGGAGUCGGUUGGCGUCCGGGUAUUUGAGACGAGCGCCAAAGAAAACAUCAACGUGGAAGAGAUGUUUAUGGCUUUCACUCACAUGGUCCUUCGGACAAAGAAGCAGAGUCAGAGUCGUGCAGAGAGAGAGCGGGAACGAGAGAAGGAAACGGUCGACAUCAAUUCUCACAGACACAGAGAGAGGAGGAAGAGGGGGAAGAAGUGUUGCUGAGGGAGAGAAAGGAAGGCGAUUUUCUAAGAACAGGACAGACCAAUGGAGAGUCGAGCAUCCAAAGUCUGUCUGCACUCAUGGGGAAAGAGCCAGGACAUUACAUGUUGACAUUGCACUGAGGCAAGAUUACAAGAGGGUGAGGACAGAGAACCACUAUUAUGUGCCGAAUUUUUACCUUAGCAGUUAUUUUUUAUGAAUGCAUAAUAAUGUCAUUUUAUCAUUAAAAGGGAAACUGGAUCCCCACUGUGUCAAACUGUCAUUAAAACCCCUAAUUGAGGAAAUACACUAAUGACUUCAAAAGUGACUAGAGUGAUGUAUAUGUCUUAUUUGUAAUGAAAAAGACUGUCGUGAAAAAUGUAACAUGUCUAAAUAAACAGUGAGCAAUAAAGUGAA